GUAAUAAUUAUUUAUCAUUCAAUUUUGUACUUACUAUUCUUCUAUGAAUUCCUCAAAUUUAUUACUCAUAUAAGAGUACUACGAUGACCAUUCAUAUUAUAAGUACUUAUCGAAGAUAUUCCAUUUAAGUCUACCCAAAAAUUGGUGCCAAUAGUGACGCUAAUAUUUAUCUAUUCACUGGCUAACAGCUUAUGUUCUCAUUAGAACCAGUGCCCUACAUUUCAACUGUUUUUACGCAAAUGGAAGAGAGUUCUGUGCCUAAAGCAUUUCUUUUUACAGAAGUGACUUAACAUUACUUUUGCUAUGGAACAUUUCUCGAAUAUCCGCUGUUAUUGGGUUAACUAAGAAGUGCAUAAAAUGUAUACUCUAAUAGAAAUUGCUAUUAGUGUAGGAGUGUUUGGAGCUCUUGUCACAGCAGUCUCGGCAUGUGUUUGUGGCUGCAAAAAUUCCAAUCAGAAAAGUGAAUUGGUGGGUACGGCCGGUGUGGUCAAAAUCCGUUUUGAUGAAGAAGUACCGUCUCCAACACCUACCACUCCGGCCUCUAUCAAGCGAGCAUCAACACAAAACAGUCAAAGAAGUUUACCAGAGAUUCCACAUCCACAUCCAGUGGGUCGGCAUGAUAGCGGGGAUACAGCAUCUGAAAUAAUAUAUGCAACUGUAAAUUUGGAUGAAGGAAGCAAAGCUGUUGCGACUACGUCCACGGGCAGGGACCAUCCAUAUGAACAUGCAUAUGCUAAACUUCAAAGUGAUGCUCACAAUAUUACCGUAGAAAUAACGCCAGACCAAGGAUCUGAGAGUGAUAUUCAGAUCGACGAAAGAGAAGCAUUAGCAUCGGGCCCAGAGUCAGUAGUUAUAUCUGCUUCGGUGGCUAUAAGUGGACAACUGCCGUCAAGUCAAGAGUUACCAUACAUUACACCUCCGUCGCCAAGGCCACAUACAGAUACUACUGUUCAUUUUAGUGGGGAUUCUACAGACUCUGCUAAGGGAUACACGAGCAUAUCAGUCCGCGAGCCUCUUAGCAACAUACGCGCACAAAGUACAAAACCACCGCAGCCUCAUUACGCCACAGUAUCUGAUGACUCGGACGAGACGUACGCGGCAAUCGAGGAGGCGAGCGUCGGCGAGGGCUCCGACACAUACGCCCAGAUCGCGCCCGAGCCGCGUCGCCGCGACGCAUCCGCCGCGCCCGCUCUCUCCCCUAUUCCCGCUACCGCACACGCCCCCGCUCCCUCUUCUGACUUACUAAACGCCGAUGCUGCACAUUCCGCAAGAAGGAGCGCUCCGCCUGAAAUUGGAGCAACUUCGUCCAACGCUACACAUUCCAGACAAGCAUCGUCCUCGUCGUGUACGAAUUCGACGGGGGCAACGGCGGCGGCAAGUGUGGCUAGCGCCGCCGUCGGGGCGGGCUCGCCGAAGCCGGAGAAACGGCAGGCGAACUCACCACUACCACCGCCGCCACCGCCGCAAACCUCCAGACACCACCACGCACACCAGCGCAUAUCUAGCACGGGGGAUCUUCACAGUCACGACAAGUUACGUCGUAGUCUCAACGAAAAACAUCAACGAAACAACAGCUGUGUCAGCUCAUCAGACUUUUACGGCUGCAACUAUCCUGUGGAGAAGCACAGGUUCAGUUCCAGUGAUCUCAUAAGACCACUAGUCGCUAAAGAGCUCAAUUUCGAUUUAGACCAACGAGAAAACCCCGCCGACAAUUUAUAUAAUUCCAUCGAUGGACCUGGAUACAGCGAUUAUUCAUCGGCCGACGCCAAUACGAGCAUGAAUUCUGAACAACGAACGACGGAAAGCCCUUCGCGGAACGUCGAAGAGAUGUAUGCUAAAGUAAUGAAGAAGGCGAAAGGCAGAACAGAUGAAACAGUAAGAAGAUCCAAAGAUAUUUCAAACGACGAAAGUAAUAAUCAUACAUCGAAAUACCGCGGUGACGAUCCAGGUUACGAAACUAUCGACCGCAAAAAGUCUAUAAACCACGGUUAUGAGACAAUUGCUCACAAAGAACGUAAGAAUUCGCAAAAUCAAGACCCCGGUUACGAAACAGUUAAAGAUAUCAAAAAAAUUGGUCCAAACACCAAUUUCACCAACAAUAACUUGUUAAAAUUGAACCAUGCCACUAUGGAUAGUGGGCCUAAUAGCAUUAUCAGCAGUGAUCAUGGAUACGAACAUAUUUCAAAGACUGACAAUAAUGCUUCAGAUUCAGACCCUAAUUAUGAAGUGCUACGAAAUCAACCACCUACACCGCCAUAUGCUACCAUACCGCCUAACUACAAAGUACAACCAACUUAUUCCACUGUUAACAAGAGACCAGCAAAAUAUAACAAUUGGCCAACUAAUAACAAUGAGGAACCCGCUUUGGAACCAAACUAUGAGUCGAUGCCACAUGAUCCGUUGUACACCACAGGCAGCGAGUCUGAUCCAAAUUACGAGUCGGUACGUCCCAAAGAUUCAAACUAUGAAAGCGUAAUAAACCCUCAAGAUCCAAAUUAUGAAUCAUUGCGAUGUAAAGAUCCUAAAUAUGAAUCUGUGAGGUCUAAAGAUCCGAAAUAUGACUCAGUUAGGUCAAAAAAGGAUCCUAAUUAUGAGAGUGUUAAAUAUUUUGAAUUGUCAAAGAGGGAGCCACCUUAUGAGAAGGUGAAUAAUGAAGCUACGUCGAGUGCCACAGUCGAGAGAUCAGACUCGGCAGCAGGUUAUGAGAAAAUUAAUGUCCCAAAUAAUAGGGAUCCCAAAAGCAGUAUUAACAAUGGUCCCGAUGGUAUUGUUAGUGAUUACUUUCAAGUCUAAAGGUGCGCAUAUAGUAAGAAAACCUAAACCAAUAGAAAAAUUCCAAUCAGAGGUAUUACUAUAGACUAAAUAUGUAUUUUUUAAGAUAUUCUGAAAUUAAGUGCUUAUUUUAAUAUUUUUUUUUUGUAAUGUGUAUAAUACCUCUACAACAGGAUAUUAACAAUAAUAUCUUCCUUAGGUAUCUGUGAUAUGUAUUAGGACGAGUAUGCUUUGAAUGUUAUUUUUUGUUGUUAUUUAGUAAGUUUUUGUUUAGAAUUACACAAUAUUAUUUAUAUUGUAAAGAUGGAGCAAUUAGAAUAUUUGUCAGGUCAGACACAAACACAAAUCUAUAAAACCCAAAGAAAUCGACUACAAAAAAUUCUCCUUGAGUCACUUAUUUAUUGAAAUAUAUCAUUAUUUCACUUUGUCAUAGGUAAUAAUUGUACCAACUUGUUCGAUUGAAUAGUAAAAUUAUAGUAUGGGAUGGAAGUAUAUAGAACUAUAGUACAGGUUGAGAAAACAUUGACAGCAUAAGUGAUUUUAAUAGAGGGUCCAGGAUGCCAGUGAAGCAUCGUCAAAACACGUCUGAAAGUACAUAUACGUUCCUUUUUAAAGGACCAGACCCACUUGAAAUCUUAAAUAUACUAAUGAGCCUUACAGACGUCAAAUGUACUUGGAUAUGGAUAAUAUAACUAAGAAUUAAAAAAAUUUAAACCAAUUUUAAACUUACAUGAUAGCAGUCAUUGUGUUGUUACAGUGAGAAAUGAGCUAGGCCUAACUAUAUUUCUAUAUGCUAUAACUGUAUAAACAGCAAAUCCACUACAGUACUAUACUAGUGUAAUGUAUUAUUUACAGUAAUUAAUUAUAGUCACUUUUAGGUUUGUAAUCUCCUUUAAAUGUAAUUAGUGUGUUCAUAACUGUUUAAAAUAGUGUACCUAUACUAUAUACUAAUAUUUAUAUGUAUUUAAUUACAUAUUAACUUAUGUACAAAAAACAUUGUACAUAAUUUUUACAACUAAGUAAUUUAUUAUUUGAGGUAUGAGUUAUUAAAAAGUUGAAUGAUUGUUGAUUUAUCGACUUUUGCAUAUUGCAGUUGCAAAAUGGAUUGAAUGACUUAAUAUAUAAGACUGUCUCAUAUCUUUGAUUAAAUCGCAUUACAUUAUUAGAAAGAAACAUUGUGCAAAAGGAAACAUCAAUAUUCCCUUAAAUUAGACAUUUCUACAUUUAGGCAACAUGCUACCUCAAUUGUAAAAAUAUUCUUAUAGAUGCGAUUUAUUUAAAGAAACUUUUUUUAUUCUUAUAUUUGGCAUAAGUGACUUCAUAAUUAUUGCUUUUUUAUAUUGUUGUGUUUAUUUUGUUGUGACUAUUUUAUGUAAGUUGAAACGUAAGUAACGAAUAUUUGGUGUCAUAACUUUAAAUGAAUUCAUGUGAGAUGGUUGUUAUAGUAGUACCUGAGUAUAUUGCACUUAGGGAUUAUCUGACCAGUGCCAGUUUGUAAUUCUGAUUGUAGGUGAAUUUUCCAAAAUGUAUUAUACAAAUGAAAUGUUUUUUACUUGGGCUUUGAUAUUAUUAUAAUUCAUGUAACUAAUUUAAUUAUAUUAGCUCUUUUACAACUUUUACAAAUAUGGUACUAUUGUUUAUAUUAUACAUUUUAUAACAAAGGGCUUGUGGCUUCAUUCACAAAUGAUAUUUAUUGGUGCAGAACGCCAAAUAGAUUAAAUCUAUUUUUUGAUCUCGAAAUCAAAUGCACAUCGACUUGUUUAAAAAUUGACACAAAAGUGUCAUGUUAUCUAAGUACUGUAGAUUAUCAGUUAUGUAGAAUAAUUGGAAGGAACGCCUUUAGAAUUUAUUGAAAGAUAAUAAUGUCGGCAUGUGACUAAAUUGUUGUUGUCACAAGAGAGGUCUCAAAAGGUGAUAUUAAAGAACACCACAGUUUUAUCACUUGACUGUGUAAAUAUAACAUUAUUCACUAUACCUACUAUGAAUUGUAUCUAAAUUUUAAUGUAUGCGAUAUAUUCUUCUCUACACGGUAAAAUCCAUUCCAUUUAGACACAAUGGCUAAACUAUUUAAAGGAAUAAACUAUGCCAUAAAAUUUA